AAAAAAACUCGUCCAAUGUCACACUCGUUCAAGGCCAUUGUUUAGAACCGGGUUUUGGGUCGUAGUUCACUGCUUGCACUUGCUGUCUGGGGCGUAGCAGCACCGUGAAGACACCGGCGUGACUCAGCCAGUUGCGUGCUUUACUUUCCUUGGAUUAUCCAUCAAGUAAAACCCUUCCUUUCAAGAUGCCCGUCAAAGCCGUCUGCGUCCUCAUCGGCGAAACCGUCAAGGGAACGGUUAACUUCGAGCAAAGUGAUGCCGGAUCGCCUGUGCAGGUGACUGGCCAGCUCGCUGGUCUUUCCAAAGGACUCCACGGCUUCCAUGUGCAUGAAUUCGGUGAUAACACCAAUGGUUGCACCAGUGCCGGCCCACAUUUCAACCCUCAGGGAAAGGAACAUGGUGCUCCUACUGACGCUGACCGCCAUGCAGGUGACUUAGGAAACGUUGAAGCUGGUGCUGAUGGUGUUGCUAAGAUCCAAAUCUCUGACAAACUCAUCAGCCUGACAGGGCCUAACAGCAUCAUUGGCAGGACUGUCGUUGUUCACGCAGACCCAGAUGACCUUGGCAAGGGAGGCCACGAGCUGAGCAAGACCACAGGAAACGCAGGUGGUCGAUUGGCAUGUGGUGUUAUUGGUCUUGCUAAGAUCUAAGUUGAGUACCUGUUAAACAAAACUUAGAUGUUUUGAAUUUAUUCCUGUGCUUUGUCCUUUAUCUUUAUGAUGAAGAAAUUGUAUCAGAUCAUUCAUUCCAUCAAUCAACUCCGGACUAUAUAAGUAUGUUUUGUUUUUUAAAAAAAGUUGUGUACCUGUAAUUCAAUAAUGGUUUCAAUAAAUGUGUAUGGGAAU